CGGGGCGGAGCCGCGGGUAUAAAGCCCCACCCGGCAGGCGGCCCUGCUCGCCCCGGACGUUAGCUCGGUCCGCUCGGUCGGCACGGCCCAGGUUUGUUCAAAAUGUCUACCGUUCACGAAAUCCUGUGCAAGCUCAGCUUGGAGGGGGACCACUCCACACCCGCCAGUGCCUACGGGUCCGUCAAAGCCCACACCAACUUUGAUGCGGAGCGGGAUGCCCUGAACAUCGAGACAGCCAUCAAGACCAAAGGUGUGGAUGAGGUUACCAUCGUCAACAUUUUGACCAACCGCAGCAACCCACAGAGGCAGGACAUUGCCUUCGCGUACCACAGGAGGACCAAAAAGGAGCUCGCAUCAGCACUGAAGUCAGCCCUCUCUGGCCACCUGGAGACGGUGAUUUUGGGCCUGCUGAAGACCCCUGCGCAGUACGAUGCUUCCGAGCUGAAGGCCUCUAUGAAGGGGCUGGGGACCGAUGAGGACUCUCUCAUCGAGAUCAUCUGCUCCAGAACCAACCAGGAACUGCAGGAGAUCAACAGAGUCUACAAGGAAAUGUACAAGACCGACCUCGAGAAGGACAUCGUCUCUGACACAUCCGGUGACUUCCGCAAGCUGAUGGUUGCCCUGGCCAAGGGCAGGCGAGCAGAGGACGGCUCUGUCAUUGACUACGAGCUCAUCGACCAAGAUGCCCGGGAUCUCUAUGAUGCUGGUGUGAAGAGGAAAGGAACGGAUGUCCCCAAGUGGAUCAGCAUCAUGACGGAGCGGAGCGUGUGCCACCUGCAGAAAGUAUUCGAAAGGUACAAGAGCUACAGCCCCUACGACAUGCUGGAGAGCAUCAAGAAGGAGGUCAAAGGAGACCUGGAGAAUGCCUUCCUGAACCUGGUCCAGUGCAUCCAGAACAAGCCCCUGUACUUCGCCGACCGGCUGUACGACUCCAUGAAGGGCAAGGGCACCCGUGACAAGGUUCUGAUCCGGAUCAUGGUCUCCCGCUGUGAGGUGGACAUGCUGAAAAUCAGGUCUGAGUUCAAGAAGAAGUACGGCAAGUCCCUGUACUACUACAUCCAGCAAGACACCAAGGGCGACUACCAGAAAGCGUUGCUGUACCUGUGCGGUGGGGACGACUGAACUCCGGCCCCCCAGGCUCCCUAACGUCCUGGAGAACCCGCUUGCGACUAACAGCCCCGGCCACUCCCCGUGGAGACACCCCAGCCCCUCGCUCCAGUCCCCCAGGGCGCCCGGCUUCCCCGCAGCCUCUCGGAUAAGCCAAAGAAGUGAACAUUCCGAGGAGUCCGAAGUGAAGUCAGCGAUGUGAAAGAAGCGCUUUUCCUCCUGUGUACUGGGUCACAAAUAAACUAUUUUUACUUUAGAAACAA